CGGCGAUGAGCAAGUGCGUGAAUAGUGACAUAUCGUUUACUUCCGGUGUCAUGGCAGCGCCCACGAGCCGAUGAUCAUACAGUUCAUUAUCAUGAAAUCGUGAUAUUGUCACAACUUGUGAACCAUAUCACUUAUCAUAUUUUGUACAUCGGUCUCCCUGCAACUGAGAAUCAACUGCCUGAAAAAUGGAUGAACUCCUGCCCCUAAUAGAGCAGCUGAAGAUUACUGAGGACGUGAAAGCCAGAGAGGAGUACCUUGAGAAGCUAACAGACCUCAUAUCUGAAAGUGAUGAUAGUGAGGAUGACCUGUCGCAGCCUCUCCUGAACUCGGGGAUUCUGGAGGAUGUCCACAAGCUGCUCAUAAACGCCUCAGAAUCCAGCUUCACAUCCAAGUGUGCCCAACUGGUAGCAGAGCUAGCUAAAACAGAGUCACUGAGGGGCCCGCUGGUGGAGAAGGGGUUUGUGCCGCCCCUGUUGCAGCUGCUGAACAGCAAUGAUGUACAACUGGCCAUCCAGGGGUGUCGGGCCCUGGGCAACAUCUGCUACGACAAUGAUGCUGGCCGCAAUGCUGUAGAUGAAGCCGAUGCCAUGAAGCAGCUGCUGGACCUCCUGAGGACUCAGCUGAAGAACGAUGCAGAAGGCGCCGACCGACUCAGGACCAUUGCAUGCGGAUUCCUACUCAACCUCACCAAUACUCACGAAGCCCUGCAGGAGAAGGCCCUGGAGGAGGAUGUCCUCAAGCUGCUGGACCAGUGUCUGCAGCUGCACCUCCCAGACCAGGGACUGACCAACAUGGCACUACUCACCAUCAGCAGUAUAGCAGACUCAGACUUCGGCAAAGAGAUGAUAAGUGAGUCGGAGAUGCCGAAGACCCUGGUCAAUGUCCUGGCCUCCAAGGAGGGAGAGAAUCACCAGGACACCAUCUUGGAUCUCCUCAUCUCACUGGCUGAUAGUGACAAGAUCAAGGACACCCUGGCGGACACCAACCUCAGCAACCACCUGAUCAAGAUCAUCCAGUGUAACACUGGGCGGUCAGAUGACGACAGUCAGCAGUGUGUCAAGAUGGCCUCCGACCUCCUGGUGUCUCUUCUAGUCGGAGACAAGAGCAUGGAAAAGUUGUUCGGAGGUGGGGAGGGGCCGGUGUUCAUGGAGUCCGUCAAGUGGCUGGAGGGAAACACAGAUACCCUGAAGGUCUCUGGGGCGCUCGCUAUAGGCAACUUUGCCAGGAGUGAUGAGCACUGUCACCUCCUGGUGGAGGAUGGUGUGAUGGACAAAUUGUUGGAGCUGGUACGUCAGGAGGCUGCUGAAAACAAGGAGCACAACAUCACGCUGCAACACGCCGUCCUCAGUGCACUUCGCAACCUCGCCAUUCCAGCCCCUAACAAGCCUCGGAUGCUGAAGGCUGGUGUGCUGGACGUAGUGUUGAAGCUGUCUCGGACAGAAGUGAUGGCUGUUGUCUUCAAACUCCUUGGACUCAUUAGAAUGCUCAUCGAUUCACAGGAGGAAGCCUCAAAGUCGCUCGGCUGUGACAAAGACUUUGUGGUGAAACUAGUCGAGUGGUGUGGAGUUGAAGGUCAUGCAGGGGUCACAGGGGAGGCAACUCGACUCCUGGCCUGGCUCAUCAAACACAGCAAGUCCAGUGAUGUGAUGAAGAGUAUUAUAAAGAAUGAUGGUAUACAGUAUCUCGUCGGCAUGGCAACGUCAGAGCAUGUAGUGAUGCAGAAUGAGGCACUGUUCUCUCUCACACUCAUCUGUUCAACUGUAUUAGGAGAUGCAGCUGUACCCCUGAAGGAAGCUGACUUGGCCACCACCAUCACCACCCUGUUGAAGAACCCCGACACCAUCCCCGAGAUCCUGUGUAAUACUCUCAGUCUCACCAGGUCCAUCUGUACUGCAGCCUCACCAACUAGUCCUCAGGCCAUUCCCUGUAGUCUCCUGGCUUGUACAGGGAUUCUCUCAGAUGUACAGAGUAAUCUACGUGAAGAACUAGUCGCCUCUGGGAUUGCUGAUAUCACGCGGGAACUCUCAUUACAUGGAGAGGAAAAGGUGAAAGAGGUGGCCAAGUCAGUUCUUGCAUUCAUCGAUGACUCACCUGUCAACAGAUGAGUCACCUAGAGCAACGACCAAUCAAAAUCACUGUUUCACGGCACAUGCACUGUAAAACAUGGACAAGGACGUACAGGUCAAGGUCGAAUUUGGAUUGAAUGAAAUAGCACAUUUGUAUUACGGAGUUGAGGUUUCAAAGUACUGUGUCACAGAACGUACCUUUUUAUGUUUCGUCCAAAUUUGGACAUUGACAGCUCAAUUCGUAUUGCACGAAAAGUUUUGAUAAGAAACAGACGAUUUAUUAUCGUGACAAAUAAAUUUAUCUGUGAAAAUGAGGUUUUGGACAGAGUAUAGCCUACAUACCGAUUUAAGGUAGAUAUUUGAAAGUGAGUGAUGACAAGCUGAAAUGUGUUUUGAGUGACAUGUAAUGUCAGGGAAAUAGAUACCACACUGGCAUCGUCAUGGAGAUAGCGUUGUUGGGUCCACAUUUUUAUCAUUCCUGAUUGUUGGGAUUGAGCAUGUGUGCGUAUAAUCAGAGACCAGAAUAACGUCUCUUAUCGUUUAUGAUUGUUUUCUAUUUUACCAUCGUUUAAUAUUGUUCUGUCUGGUUUUUUAUUUGUCAAACAUGGAAACAAAGGUCUACAUUCCCAUUUGUUCGUUGUCUUUUUCUCUUGUUACUGAGGUCAUUAAUUUCUUGUAACAUUUUGAUGUUAGUGUCAGAGGUAAAUAUCUUGUAUGUAUUGUAUUGUAAUCUGUAAGUUGUAAAUCUGUUUGUUGAAACUGUUAAUGGAUGAUUGCCAGUUGUCCUUGCUUACAGACUUUGGACCACCUUUCUUUGACUUGACAAUGGAGACAUUCAUAUUUAUGAAACAUGCAGUUAUCAUGAGGCUGUAAUAUCUGUUUUACUUACAUCUUAGUUAAGUACUUUCCCUUUGAAUAUAUUAUUAAUAAGUGGAUGAAAAGAAUUUAAAUUGAAAAUUUGGAUAAUAUCAGAGAUGGAUUAAUAUAUUUUGAAAUAGCAGAUGAAAUAAUCAAAAUUUAAGAUACACAGAGAGCUGUAUUUUACACAUCUCUAAGUAGAAGAAAUACCUACACACUAUCUAUUAGAAAUACCUACACACUAUCUAUUAGAAAUCAUUUUGUCCUAUUUCUGGACAACCUGUCGAAGCGAUAAAUACUUUGUUGUUAAUCAAUGAAGACAAAGUAUGAACACGAGGUUGAGAAACCAGCUUGAAUCCAUCUUGUCCCGGACAGAUAUUGCUCUGUUGAAGUGGCAUAUUCCCAGCUUCAUGCACAA